AUGGCCAUCCUGCCACCGACCGUCCGUCCUCUGCAACCAUCACCAGACUCCCAGAUUGAUUUUGGAGCCAGCAUCGAGGGCAUUGACCUGGAAAAUUUGACAGAUGAACAAUUCACAAAAAUCCACGACGCACUAUAUCGUCAUCAAGUCGUGGUGUUCAAACGCCAGCAUAAACUCUCCGCCAAGGCACAGUAUGAACUUACUAAGCGGUUCGACCCGACAGCCGACAACUACGGCCACGGCAAAACUAUCGAUGCAAAGCGAAGCAUCCUUCAUCCAGAUCUGAAGACGGUGCCACAUCAACCGCAGGUGCAAAUCAUUGGAAAUGGAUUCGUCGAGUCAUACGAGGGACUGGAGAAUUUCCAACUUAGACACCCUCAUCACCGCACAUUUCAUAAAGAUCAUAUUCCUGAUGAGAAGGAUCAUGAUUACACUCGGUUUUAUCGCUGGCAUAUCGACGCUGCGCUGUAUGACUUGAACCCGCCCCAAGUCACGACUCUCCUCGCCGUACAAGUGCCCAAGGGUCGUCGACAGACUCUGCUCUAUGAUGACGGAUCCGAUGAGACGAUGGACGUCCCACUGGGGACCACUGCUUUUGUAAGCGGCGAAAGAAUGUUCGAAUUGCUUUCGCCCGCGGAGCAAGAGUUUGUGCGAACGAGUAAGAUCGAAUACGCACCUCACCCGUAUAUUUGGAUGAGUCCCGCUCACUCACGGUCAACUGGCCUCGGCUUGCACUCCGAAGGCCUCGAACUUCCAGACUCGGAUCUUCCCCCGAUUGAUCCAAAGAAAAUUAUGAUUCUCCCCAUGCUCUGGAAGAAUCCCGUUACAGGAAAACUCGCUCUUCAGAUCCAUCCGUCCGCCGUUCGUCGCAUUCACCUCGCAGAUGGCUCCGUGAUUGAUGAUUUGUCACGAGUAAGAGAAAUCGUGUACAGAUUGCAGCGACCUGGAAUCAGCCCGCAGUAUGUGUAUGCCCAUGACUGGGAGGAAGGGGAUCUGGUCUUGUUCAAUAAUCGAGGGGUAUUGCACUCCGUGGUUGGCGCAUUCCGACCCGAGGAAGUGCGCUUGUUUAGGCAAUGCAAUCUUGCGGCGUCUGAACCACCUAUGGGGCCGUGA